CCCAAAUACCCAUUUCCUUAUAUUCCUAUCUUUCCAUUCUAACUACUAGCUAUGCACUAAAAUAGGCUGCUUUUCACCAUUUUAUCAUGGAUGGUGGAGAUCUCACCGCCCGUGGGCCAUCGCGAUCCGUCGUAUCCGAGUUCGAGGGCACGCUCUUGCCGGACCCGGACCCGUUCUCUUAUUUCAUGUUGGUAGCAUUCGAAGUUUCGGGCUUGAUUCGAUUCACUAUCCUUCUAAUCCUAUGGCCCGUCAUUCGAUUGAUGGACGCGAUCGGGUCGGGGGACGCUGGGAUAAGGUUGAUGGUGUUUGUUGCCAUGGCGGGCGUUCGGAUAGCGGAGAUUGAGUCGGUGGCACGUGCGGUGCUACCUAAGUUUUAUAUGGAUGGGAUUGAUAUGGAUGCUUGGAGGGUGUUUAGUAGGUCUGAUCGGAGGGUGGUGGUGACUAAGUGGCCGAGAUUGAUGGUUGAGAUGUUUGCCAAGGAGCAUUUACGUGCUGAUGAGGUGGUCGGGUCCGAGCUUGAGGUUAAUCGGUUUGGAUUCGCUACCGGGUUCUUUAGGGAUGUAAAUGGGCCCACCUGUGAUUGGAUCAGUGCAGUUUCUAAGGAUGAACGGCCAGAUGUUGGGCUCGGCAGGCAUGCGUCGAGUGUUUCGUUUCUCUCCUCUUGCAAGGAAGUUCAUCACCCACCGUUCGCUACAGUGGACCAAAAGCAGAACUCUAAUCUCAUCCGUCCACUUCCAGUAAUCUUCCACGAUGGCCGUUUAGUCCGCCGACCAACACCAUCAACGGCUCUCCUCAUCCUCCUUUGGAUUCCAAUAGGCGUGAUAGUGGCCAUGAUACGUAUCCUAGCAGGCCUUAUACUACCAAUGUGGGUCAUCCCUUACACAAUCCGAAUAUUCGGCGGUGAAUUAAUAAUCAACGGUGGGCCACCUCCAUCAGACCCUGGCCUCACGAGCGGCGUCCUCUUUGUGUGCACUCAUCGCACUUUAAUGGACCCAGUGGUCCUAGCCAUGGUCCUUCGUCGCAAGGUCCCAGCAGUCACCUACUCCAUCUCACGGCUAUCUGAGAUCCUAUCACCAAUCCCCACCGUACGUUUAACAAGAGAUCGCCAAGUGGACGCAGAUCGCAUCAAGAGCGAGCUAACGAAGGGUGAUCUGGUAGUGUGUCCUGAAGGGACCACUUGCCGUGAGCCAUUUCUCUUGAGGUUUAGUGCGCUCUUCGCCGAACUGACUGACCGGAUAGUGCCGGUCGCAAUGAAUUACCGUGUGGGGCUUUUCCAUGCAACGACGGCCCGAGGGUGGAAGGCGAUGGACCCGAUUUUCUUCAUGAUGAACCCGAGACCAGCCUAUGAGGUGACCUUCUUGAACCAAUUGCCGGCGGAGGUAACCUGCUCGGCCGGUAAGAACCCGCAUGACGUGGCGAACUACGUUCAAAGGAUAUUAGCCGCGUCGCUGGGGUUCGAGUGCACUAAUUUCACGAGGAAGGACAAGUAUCGGGUUCUCGCCGGCAAUGAUGGGGUCGUAUCUUCUACACCGUAUCUAGACCGUAUAAAGAAGGUGGUAGCCGAAUUCUUACAAUAGGAGUGCAUGAAUUAUGUUACAAAUAAGCGUUUUUUAAGUUUAUUUUCAGGUCAUGGUUGGAUUUUGCAUGUGUGAGAUUCAGGCCGUUCAUCAAAUGGGCACGUGAAAAAUGCUUGGGAGGGAGUAAUAUUAGGCUGGGCCACUCAUCAGGUGGACCACAUGUGCAUGUUGAAUA